AUGGCUUUUUGGCCAAGUGAUGAAAGGAACAAACGUCCUAUCGUGUCUAAACGCAAGGGAAGGAAGGUUUUGGAGAUCUCCAAGGGCCGCGAUUAUCCCAACUUAGAGCCAGGUUUAAUUGGUGCAGCCACAUUAUCAGAAGGAAAUAACAACAAGUUAGAAUGGGAUUUUUUAACGAUGCCUAACAAAGAUUUUUCUCUGAAUCGCCUAAACAUUGGGAAACGUUUGGAAGUAUUCCCUCAAUCACCACCGUUAUCCAGUAGAAACACCUCUCGCACUGUACGGCAAAGAGCUGAACAAGGGGCAAAUUUCCUUCGAACCUAUCUCCCCGAUGUGGAAAUCCCGUCGGAACUUAUACGAGACCAACUGCUGGAGGAGACUCAAAUAUGCGACGAUCUCGAAGUAUUCGACCCAUAUUCAGGAAAUUUACUUGAGGUAUCUACGUCUCCUCAAGACCCAAACAGUGCACUUUUAUUGUUUCCGACGGGGGACACAAAUAGGGAUUUAACUAUCACAUACGUUAGGAGCUUAAAACCUCGGAGCAUACUGUUCAGACCUACUCCUACGCCUCUGUGGAGCUUCUCUACACCCAUUCAGCAAAUAGAGACGUUGAUGGGAUUGGGCACCUCCACGGAAAUGUUCAGCAUAGAACAUCCUAACCAUCAUACGACGACUACUGCUACAACAAGACGUGUUGCUCGCUUUUCGCGUUCUGAUACCAAUGAUGAAGUGAUUGUCGAUGCCAAAAUUCAGCCUUUCUCUGAAAGCAUGUUAGUUAUUAGCGACCAAGGAACCUUAUUCAAUUGUACAGUGCAAAAUGGGGAAAGAUCAGCCAUUUCGCUACACACUUUCUCGCCUUCUAUUCAAAACAAAAGCGGCUUCUGGCGUUUAUCUCUUGCAUCUAAUGGAUCGGUCAGCUAUGUGAUGUCCGAGAAAACUGUUGAACAGUUUGACAAUCGGACAAAUACAGUGCAGAGUUUCUUGUCCAUCGCUAAUCAAAAUCACAUUUUAACAUCAAUAGAAAGCUGUAGACACUCAAAUAUUCUUCCGUUGUGUUCCACCGAUCAAGUUAUCUGGAUGGACACCAGAUUUACAGGGAAACCACUACUUGCCUACUCACAUGGAAGGCAACGCGACCGGUACAUAUCAACGCAGACCUUGUAUCACAGGGCCAAUACUUCUUUGACAUUUUUGACAUCUCGAAAUAAUGGUCUAGUCACCGUAUAUGAUGUCUCCCGUCCAUCUGAGGGGCUCUUCCACCUCAAUGAUUCUCCAUAUUCCGUGUUUGGAAGUAUCGAUACGUAUCAAAGACAUCUCGGGCAACAAUUUCUAUCUCUAAAUGAAACUCUCGGACUUGUACGCCUAUCAGAGCUUAAGGGUGUCGAGUUCACAGAAAUUCUUUCGUUACCAUCAGAAUCCCGCAAUGGCCACGCAAUAGAAUUAUCUGAAGAUGUUAUACAGAACAGAGACCCACAGGCCGUUGUUCCUGCGGAUCUUGGCCCACUUAGCAUUCAAGAAUUCAGUCAAGUUAAUUUAAAUUCUGUAUACAAAGAACUCUUUCAAACCCAUUUUGAAAAGAUCAAACGGCUCGAAGAAGAAGAUGCUGAAAUGUUUCACGAUAUGGUCGACAAUUUCCCCCGGUAUCUGCAAAGUAAAGAAAUACCAACGGAUCACAUAUUAACAACAUAUGAUAUAGCAUUUUGUGCUGGUGAACCACCAGGUCAACCUGGUAGAGCCGAUUUUCUUACUGAAAGCUUGAUUUCUUCCAAAAGAGGCUACAGGGCGCUUAAGCAAGGGCGCCUAUCUGCUGAACUCGUCAGAUCACCUUGGCAUCGGUCAAUUUCUUCCGUCCUCCGACAUUUGGACCCAUCCUUUCCAUCAGGGCCAUUACAAUCAAUGGAGUACCUUCAAAGUUUUCAACCACUGGAUAAUGCGUGUUACUCAAAUAAAGCUCGUGAAUAUGCACAGGACUCGUGCGAGCAGUUGACCGUGGAUCUCGCUUUAGGUUCCGAUAUCUAUUUCGAUGAUACAAUCUUUAAUAAAGCAGAAGCCGGCGUACUGGAAGUUAUGACUCAGGCGCUAUCCAUUGACGGUGGUCCUCCGCCUAUUCGAUUUGGAUACUUAACGCCUGUAGAGAAAAAUCGAUCAUAUUAUGCCGGAGAAUCGCAGAUCUCAGAAGGCUUACGCUUGCCUCUGGGGGUUCGACUGUUGUUAAAUGACUGGGAUUCCGGUAAUCCUGACGAUUAUAUCUAUAAAAAUCCAUACGCCGCCGCUUUUCUAGAGACCAAACAAUUAAAUCAGCCAGCGACCCUUGAGCCGACAUCAAGUUUGCCUGUAAAACUCCAACGUCCACCGCAAAUCAUGGCGUCCAAUACAGUUUCAGCCGCUCCUCCUGAAAUACAUAAAAAAUUGACAUUAAAAUCACUAUCUCAAGAUCCUUACCCUCCUUCGAUAAACGAAUUCAAGAAUUCGCAAGCAAGCACACCUCCUCAAGGUCUCGCCACAAGUACUCAGAUAAUGCCAGGUCCACACGGUGGAAGGCCGGCUCCCAAGAAAAAGCCACCGAAAAAAAGAUUGGGAGGUCUGAAAACAAAACCGGUCUCGUCGUGCAAGCGCACGAAGCUGGACUUUGGGCCAGCCACAUUACCUGCUCUAUGGAUGGAAAAAGGCAAGACACCUAAUCCUGCGUAUGACCCUGACAAAUUCAAUGAUUUCUUGCGACAAAACAAGGCAGUCGUAUGUGCACUUUCAGCUAGCUAUGUAUCGACUUUCGCAGGAUAUCCACUGGACUCUAUCAAGUCCAGACUACAGACAACCAAAACAAGGAUAACAGUCCCCAGGCUUGCUGCGCUGGUGUACCGUGAAGAGGGAAUAAUGGGAUUCUAUCGAGGCCUGUGGAUUCCAUUAAUGACGAUAUCUUUUGUCCGCGCUGCAAGCUUUACCAUUUAUUCGCGCACCAAAGAGAAUUUCCACAACAAUAACAUCCUUUGUCGUGACAGCAUCAUCGAUGUUUCUUUAACAGGAGGAGUAAGUGGUGCGAUGUCCGGUGCUCUCAUAUCUUUUGGAAGUGCUCCUUUUGAGCUUGUCAAAGUUCGUAGACAGUUGGAAUAUACCAUUGCGGCCACCAAGGGUAUCACAAUGGCGAAACCUCCGGGAACAAUUGAGGCGGUGAAGGAUAUCUUUCGGACUAACGGCCUUGCGGGCUUGUACACAGGUUUUCGACUUCAUUUUGUUCGUGAUACGGCUGGGACGGCAUUGUAUUUUCUUGAAUAUGAUGGAAUGCGCCAUCUUCUUGGGAGGCAAAGGUCGGGAGAACAAGGACCGACUCCUCCAUGGCUCCCGAUACACUCCUCUUUGGUUCCUUUCGUUUGUGGUUCGCUUUCAGGGGUUACUUCGUGGGCAUUGAUAUAUCCAUUGGAUGUUGUAAAAACCAAAGUCCAACAACGUGCUUUAGCAGGAGAACGUUAUCGAGGUCCAUGGGAGACAUUGUACCGCCUUGUUCGAGGGCCAGAUCCUACUUCGCCUAAACCUAUUCUGUCCGGUGUCGCCAGAAUAUACCGAGGCCUUGGAGUCAGCGCUUUGCGGAGUAUCACAACUCAUGGCUUGCUAUGGACGUUAUUCGAUAUGACUGCACAAUACAUCGACAAACUACCUCCUUCAAGAGUGGAUAAUCAUUAUUAA